AUGAACAAAAAGUUCUUUAGAGUUAUCGGUUUUUCUUGUCGUUUGAGUACUUGUCAGCCUAAUUUCCGGAGUAAAUCGUCAUCAUUCGACCACAGACGAGGAUGGCCAGGAGCUCUUCACCACCGCCAAGUCGGUUGUUCCCAAACCGAUUAUAAGUGCGUCGAUAGCAUGUCCUCCUUGGCCAACAAUGUCAGUGCCACUCCUAAUGAUUUUCUCCAUGCUGCUACUAAUGCAGCCAUUGAAGAAGUGCAAGCUGCAAUGUAUAGGUCUCUAACAAUUGGACAAGCAGCCAACGCCUCGUUCCAAAAGAUGGCUGUCUACGAUUACAAGGAGUUGCUGGAAUAUGCUGACGAGGAGCUGCAGGCAUCCUAUUCCAUGGUUCAGGGUAGUAACUUCCACACGGCUGAAGAUAGAGAAGCUGAGCUCAAAAAAGGUUAA